AUUCAAAGGCAACCUAGCGAUCAAAAGCUAUCAUUGAAGUUUUGGAUUGGUCCAAUUGUGCAUGUUCAUGUUUGCAGAGUUUUGAUUCAAGAUUUUCUGCAAAAAGAGGGACAGAAAUUUUAUUCGGAAAAUGAAUGGACAGUAAGCAUUUCCCUCGUUUUUGGUGUAACUUUCUGUAUAUGUUCACUGCCACAAAUGCUGUUCGAUCACCUUCCAUGUAGACUAAAAAUAGGAAUCCUUGAUAAAAUUUAUUUCCCAUUUAUAGCAUUCUUGCUUCAUCAAAAAAAGCAUUUUUCCUUUUACAUCCAUCACUUUUAAUUUUUUGAUUCUCAAUGCUAAGAACUUCUACUCAGCCUUUGAUGCUCUCUUUUCUCCAUUUUUUUCCUUCUCCGACAUGAAUCGUUUCUUUUAUACAGUAGGGUUAAUAUUCCUCUUCAGCUUCUUCAUACUCUAUUCUCCGAAGACAUCCGACUUGUCAAAUAACGUGGACCUUCAUCAACAGCUAUUGAUUUCUCUACAGAAGGAAGAAGAACGAUGUGACUUGUUUAGUGGAUACUGGGUUCAAGACCUGAGAGGUUCUCAAUAUACAAAUGUAAGCUGUUCAUCUAUCCCUGAAUCGAAGAAUUGUUUCAUGCAAGGAAGGCCAGACGCAGGAUUUUCGCAGUGGAGGUGGAAACCUGACGGGUGUGAGCUUCCAAGAUUUGAUCCCGGAACAUUUUUUGAGAUUGUCAGGGGAAAGACGAUGGCGUUUAUCGGAGACUCGGUCGCUCGAAACCAUGUAGAAUCACUUCUCUGCCUCUUGUCAUCGGAAGAAAUGCCACUGGGCAUCUACAAGGAUACUGAAGAUCGUACGAGAACAUGGUAUUUUCCUCACAGUAAUUUUACCCUAAUGGUCAUCUGGACAAGAUUCCUAGUACUUGAUGAGGAGAGGGUGAUUAAUGGUAGUGUUACAGGUGUUUUUGACCUGCAUCUAGAUAAGAUGGACAAGAACUGGGCAAACAAACUCCCAGAAAUAGACUACGCAAUCCUAUCGGAUGCUCAUUGGUUCUUCAGGAAGAACUACUUGUACGAGAAAGGCAAGAACAUAGGAUGCAUAUUCUGCGGUGAACCAGGCAUCAAAAGCUUGGACAUUGAUUCCGCCCUCCAGAUGGUAAUCAAGGUUGUGCUCAAUUAUAUCAACAACUGCAAAAAGUGCAGGAAUAUUUUGACUGUGUUAAGGACAUUCUCACCUGCACAUUUUGCGGAUGGAGCAUGGGACACAGGAGGGAGCUGCAAUAGAACACAUCCACUCGGUGAGAAAGAGAUCGACUUGGCAAGUUUAGACUGGAAAAUCAGAAGCAUUCAAGUAGAAGAAAUUAAAAGAGUAAGACCAGUAGCAAGGAGAAGGAAAAAAUUUGAAGUUUUGGAUGUCACCAAGGCUAUGCUGAUGAGACCUGACGGGCACCCUAAUUCCUACUGGGGUAACAAAUGGAUGAAAGGUUACAACGACUGUGUCCAUUGGUGCAUGCCAGGACCCAUCGAUGCAUGGAAUGAUUUCUUGAUAGCAUUGCUUAGAAGACAUGCAUUUACCGAUUUCACCUGGUCAUGACCUGAAGCUAAAAUGUGGUACUCUCCCUACAGGUUUGCAUGGAGAAUAAUUGAUAGUUCUGUCAUUUCUUUCCCAGAUAUAAAAAUGAUAGUUAAAUUUCUUUCUA